UUCCACUGUUUGUUUCCCCACAGGCCUUACCCAGGAAGGCACCUCGGGCUGUCGGGACGUGCAUGGGGUUCUUCGCAGUUCCGCACAACGUGCCGCAAGUUGCAUUUGACCUGAACCUAGUUGCGGUAGAAAUACAGCGGCGAACCACCGGAAGAUGACAUCUUUCUAGACGCGAACCGGAAGAUGCCACCAACACGUGAAAAUAGUACUUUUCACUAGAAGGUCUCAAACCGUGGCUAGCUCCAACCGAAUUGAAUCGUGUAAACCGCGCGUUCUGCUCUGCAGCGGCAGGGCCUUCGUGAGCAAUCUAGUAUAAAGGCCCUUUUAUCAGAUCAGACGUGCAAUGCACACACCGCACAUCGACCUCGCUCCCCACCGGCCACUGCGCGAAACCGCGAAAGGAACGAACAUUUGAUUACUCUUCUUCCAUGUCCUGUGUUCUCUAAGCAUCCUCCCUGAUCAGCGCAUCUGGUCGCGAUCCAUCGCCUCCGGCGGCCUUCGAGGAUCCUCAAUUCCCAUGAAGUCCCACAAGAGCUCCCCGAAGCGCUCGGCCGCCAUCGCCGCGCCGGUGGCCUUCCUGCUGGCACUCGGGCUCCUCUCGCUCUACCACUCGGCCUUCUCCCCCCGCCGUUACCCGCGGGUUGUAGAUGUCGCCUCUUCCUCUUCUUCCUCCUCCUCGUCGUCGUCGGGCGACGCCGGGACUUGCGAUCUUACACGAGGCGAGUGGGUGCCGGAGGCCGCCGGGGCGGCGCCGUACUACACGAACCUGACUUGCCCCUUCAUCGACGACCUCCAGAACUGCAUGAAGUUCGGGAAGCCGAGCCUGGAUUUCGUGCGCUGGCGGUGGAGGCCCGACGGGUGCGAGCUCCCCCGCUUCAACGCGGCCAGGUUCCUCGACGCCAUGCGGGGCAAGUCCAUUGCCUUCGUCGGCGACUCCCUCGCCCGGAACCACUUCAAGUCUCUGCUCUGCCUCCUGUCCAGUGUGGCGCAGCCGGCGGAGGUCGUCGGGGCGGCGGAGCGGGAGGUGGACGCGACGGGGAGGGUCGUGCGGCGGGACUUCUACUACGGCAGCCACGACUUCACGGCGUCCCUCUUCUGGUCGCCGUUCCUCGUCAGGGCCAACCUCUCCAACGCCACGAUCGGCAUGUGGGACGUGCACCUGGACGAGCCGGACGCCCGGUGGGCGGCGCACGUCGCGAGCUUCGACCACGUCGUGCUCUCGGGCACCAACUGGUUCCUCCGCCCCUCCGUCUACCACGAGCGCGGCCGCGCCGUGGCGCGCAACAACAACGCCAUCGUCCGCGGCAGCAACCUGCGAGAGCUUGCCGUGCCACGGGCGCUGCGCGCGGCGUUCCGGGUGGCCCUGGGCGCCAUCGUGGACGCGGACGGCGGGUUCGGCGGGAAGGCGGUGCUGAGGACGGUGACGCCGGCGCACUUCGAGAACGGGGAGUGGAACACGGGCGGCGACUGCGUGCGCACGCGCCCGUACCGGCGCGGUGACCGCGCCCUGGGCGCCUUCGAGGCCGAGUACCGCGGCGCGCAGGUGGAGGCGCUGAGGGAGGCCGAGGCGAAAGCGAGGGCGAAGGGGAAGGGGAAGGAGCUGCUGCUGAUGGACGUCACGGGCGCCAUGGACCUGCGGCCGGACGCGCACCCGAGCCGGUACGGGCACCUGCCGGGCGGGACCGUGGAGGGCAACUUCAUCGUCGACUGCCUGCACUGGUGCUUGCCCGGGCCCAUCGACAUGUGGAGCGAGCUGCUCUUCCAGAUGCUGGUUCAUCAGUAGUAAUUACUACAGUAGUGCGACCUCUCGAGCUCGAAUCAUGUGUAGGAACGAUAAUGCGAAUGCAUGCCAAGGCCGUGUUAUAUAUUCUUCGGUUUUUCAGACGCGAAACUGGUCUGUUAAUAGUGUCAAUAUUGUGUGAGAUGUGGAAAUGCAUUGGAUCAAGUGCCUGUGA